AUGUCCGCUAGCCAAAAGAUCUACAGCAUCGCAUCCAUCCCAGCCGAUGGAAUUGGCCCAGAGGUCAUUAAUGCUGGUAUCACAGCUCUGAAUGCCUUGACCGACACCCUGAAGACCUUCAAGUUGGACUUCAAGAACUAUGAUUGGAGUUCAGAGACCUACAAGAAGACCGGCAAAUAUAUCCCUGAUGGUGGACUUGAGGAGCUCAAGAAGCAUGACGCAAUCUUCUUCGGCGCUGUCGGCGCUCCUGACGUCCCCGAUCACAUUUCCCUUUGGGGUCUGAGACUGGCCAUCUGCCAGCCGUUCCAGCAGUACGCGAACGUGCGCCCAACACGGGUGUUCCGCGGGACCGAGUCCCCAUUGCGCAAGUGUGGGCCCAACGACCUUGACUGGGUGAUCAUCCGUGAGAACAGCGAGGGAGAGUAUGCGGGUCAAGGUGGCCGCUCCCACGCUGGAAAGCCAUGGGAGGUUGCGACUGAAGUUUCUAUCUUCUCCCGUCAUGGCGUGGAGAGAAUUAUGCGGUUUGCAUUUGAGACUGCUCAAAAGCGACCCCGCAAGCUGUUGACUGUGGUCACUAAGAGUAAUGCGCAGCGCAACGGCAUGGUCCUCUGGGAUGAAGUGGCAAAGCUUGUUGCCGUUGACUUCCCCGAUGUCACUGUGGACAAGAUGCUUGUUGAUGCCAUGACUACUCGCAUGGUUCUGAAGCCCGAGAGUCUGGAUACCAUCGUUGCAACCAACUUGCACGCUGAUAUCCUCUCUGAUCUUGCUGCCUCUCUGGCUGGAUCUAUUGGUAUCGCACCUACCUCUAACCUCGAUCCCACACGGGAGUAUCCUAGUAUGUUCGAGCCCAUCCACGGCUCCGCGUUCGACAUCACUGGUAUGGGUAUCUCCAACCCAGUAGCUACAUUCUGGACUGCCGCGGAGAUGCUUGCUUGGCUUGGCGAGGAGGAGGCUUCCAAGCAGCUGUUGGUUUGUGUCGAGAAUGUCUGCGAGCAGGGAGUUCUUACCCGUGACUUGGGUGGUAACGCCACGACGAAGCAGGUCACUGAUGCGGUUGUGGAGGAGAUCAAGAAGCUUGCGAUUCGCAAUUAA